GAACGCUAAUCUCUUUCCGUAGUUGAAGUCAGAACGCGAAUCUCUUUCCGUAGUUGAAGUCAGAACGCUAAUCUCUUUCCGUAGUUGAAGUCAGAACGCUAAUCUCUUUCCGUAGUUGAAGUCAGAACGCGAAUCUCUUUCCGUAGUUGAAGUCAGAACGCUAAUCUCUUUCCGUAGUUGAAGUCAGAACGCGAAUCUCUUUCCGUAGUUGAAGUCAGAACGCGAAUCUCUUUCCGUAGUUGAAGUCAGAACGCGAAUCUCUUUCCGUAGUUGAAGUCAGAACGCUAAUCUCUUUCCGUAGUUGAAGUCAACUAUUUGAUAACAUUUGUUGACCAUCGAGCUUCUGUCAAAGCCUCUUCAAUCUUCACGAUUGUAAUACGUAGAAAUCUUCAACUAUCUCUACUUGCAAUUAAGACCUCUUUAGUUAACAUGAACUGUAUGGUGUGAAAUGAUUAAGGCUUGCAAUAAGUUAAUAACAAGAGAAAACCACUAAACUAAACAUGAAACUACGUGUGAGGAUAAACAAGCAGACCAGCCGGGUGAAGCUGGAGGGAGAGGAGCCCACUCUGACAGAGCUCAACGUUCAAAUCAGAGAGAUCCUUCUGCCUUCACAUGGCCUCAGCCCAGACACAGAGUUCACCUUGUCCCUGAACGGCUCAGAUCUUCUAUCUGAUUCUGGUCAGACUUUGUCCUCCUGUGGCAUCGUCACUGGGGACCUGGUCUGUGUCAUCUUGCCUCCAUCUGUGGCUGUGCCCUUCGCUGCCCCUGCCCCCUCCGCCCGCCAGGCUGUGCCCUCAGGCUCCCCUGCUUCCUCUGCUGCCUUUGCCUCUUCAGCCCACCAGUCACCCAGCAACAGCAGCAGCAGCAGUAGUAGUAGUCCUGGGCUGUACCAAGCUGUACACCCACCAGCCCAACGCUCCAGUGAGGCCAGCACCAGCAAGGGGGCGGAGCCUCAACAGGAAGUGGUCAGAGAGGAGGAGGAGGAGCAGGAAGAAGAGGCAGGUCAGUGGGUGUGGGAGCCCAUGCUGUGUGGGGAGGCAGAAGGAGGGAAGGUACCCCAUUCCCUGGAGGUUCUGUACCACCAGGCUCAGAGCAGCAGUACCUGUGAUGCCCUGAUGGUGGCAGUCCACCUCCUGAUGCUGGAGACUGGCUUCCUGUGUCAGGUAAGCCUCUACAGGAGACGUGGGGGGGGGGGGACAGACAGACAGACAAUCUCAAUUGAAUACAACUCGCAUUCCUCUCUGCUUCCUUCCUCAAAACCCAUUGGAGGAGAAGGUCAGGUGGGAGGGACCUCUGGCUUUCUCAUCCAAUGGGUUUGAGAAGGAGGCGAGGAGAGAGGACGCUAGGAGUAUGCAAUCGAGAUUCUCUCUGGGAUUUGCAUCCCAAAUGGCACCCUAGUCUCUACAUAGUG